AUGACCUCAACCGAGCCACGAACCCGCGAGAAAUCAGAAGUGAAGCGCCAAGCGGAGCUGCAGGAAUGUGACGUUUGCGGAAAGAGGGUGACUCGGGCCCAUAUGCGGGUCCACUUCCGAAUGCACACGGGAGAGAGACCGCACGAUUGCCGCCUGUGUCCGGCCUCGUUCUCCACGAGCAGCGCGCUCCGCUCCCACAACCGUUCUCACACCCAUCUAAAGCCGUACGAGUGCUCCGUCUGCCGCAAGAAAUUCAGCCGGCGAGAGUACCUGCCCAUUCACAUGCGCUCGCACAGCAGGGAGAAGCCGUAUUCGUGCCGCGUAUGCGAGAAGACUUUUUGCCGGAACGAAACACUGGCCGUUCACAUGCGGCUGCACACUGGUGACAUGCCACACCGGUGCGAAUUGUGCGGCGAGCGAUUCCCCACCAGCCAUCGCCUGACCGAGCACCGGCGAAAGCACACGGGCGAAAAACCGUUCGCCUGCGAGCUCUGCCCGGCCAAGUUCGCGCAACGCGAGUCGCUCAAGUCUCACCUUCGGUCGCACGUGGGUGAAAAGCCUUUCUCGUGCCACAUAUGCGAAAAGGCGUUUCGUCGACGAGGACACCUCUCGAGGCACAUGCGGACCCACUCGGGUGCAGGCGCCGUGCAGUGCGAGGUGUGCCUCAAGACCCUGUGCAGGAUGGACCAGCUUCAGAGUCACAUGCGCUGUCACACGGGUGAAAAACCGCUCGCGUGUCCCUACUGUCCCGCGCAUUUCGCGUACCCGCAGACUCUCAACAACCACAUCGAAACGCAUGGCGAGAAAUCGCAUAGCUGCCGUGUGUGCCAAAAGAAGUUUUCUAGGCGGUUCACCCUUGUAAAACAUUUGAAGACACAUGCGCAGGAGAAGCCUUGA